CCCAUCCCCCCCUCUAUCCCCUGCACACCCACACGCUCUGAAAGCACACAGGUGUACACACAGGUGACGAAGGAUGGCGGCCCGCAAGUUGCAAGCCGAGGUGGACAGGGUGUUCAAGAAGAUCAUGGACGGGGUGGAGGUCUUUGACGACACAUUUGAAAAGGCGGCGAGUCCCGAGUUUUCGUCGCAGAAGGAGAAGCUCGAGGCGGAUCUCAAGACGCAGAUCAAGAAGCUGCAGCGGCUGCGUGACCAGGUGAAGCAGUGGCAGGGCUCGUCGGACUUUCGGGACAAGUCUGCGCUUCAGGAGAAGCGGAGGCUGAUCGAGACCAAGAUGGAGGCGUUCAAGGAGUUUGAGAAGCAGGCAAAGACCAAGGCGUACUCCAAGGAGGGCCUGGCCAAGUCACAGCGGAAGCGCGGAACGCAGUCGCCGGAAAAGACGGAAAAGCUUGAUUGGCUGGCCGAGUGCAUGAGCCGCAUCGACGAGCAGCUCGAGCAGAUGGAGGCCGAGAUGGAGGACCUGUCUGGCCGGCGCAAGAAGCGGUCUGCGGCGGCGGAUCAGAUCGAGUCGUUGGAGGUCCACAUCGAGCGGCACAAGUUCCAGCGUGAGCAGCUGGAGCUUGUGGUCGAGGCACUGGAGAUUGACCGCAUCACGGUAGAGCAGGUCGAGGAGAUCGAGGAAACACUCGAGUACCACCUCGAGUCGUGGCGCGACCCGGACUACUUUUACGACGAGUUUAUGUACGAGAGCCUGCGGCUCGACGAGGAGUAUGUCGAGGACGACGCAGCCAAGAACAUCUCGUCGCUCGCCGAGUUCUCGGCGGCGUCGGACGCGGUCAAGACGGCGUCGUCGUCGGAGAAGCGCAAGAACCGGAACAAAAAGUCAACCAAGAAGAAGAAGGAGGCGUCGGCCAAGGCGUCCAAGUCCAAGAGCUCGGACAAGUCGUCGUCGAUCAAGUCGACGAGCUCGACCAAGUCUGCGACGUCGAACAAGAAGAGCGGGACGAGCGCGCUCGAGCCGACCAAGCCGGCCUCGCUCUCGUCAGCGCGCGUCAAGGCGUCCAACGCCAAAGACUCCCGCAACCUGGCCGACAUUGUCUCCGGCGCAGGCUCCAAGACCUCGCCCAAGAAGGCCAAGAGCGCGCCGGCGGGCGGCAAGGACCUGGCCGGCCCGCGCGUCCCGUCGCCGGUCAAGGUCGAGGCGCGGCGGAGUGCCAACCCGCCGCUGGCGUACCUCAACGCGGCCAAGGCGCACAAGGCUUCUGGAGCUGGAGUGACUACGCCCGCCGGCGCGAGCGGAGCCCCGGCCGGUGCGGCUGUGUCGGGCCUGACCUCGCUCGCGCCGGCGCGGACCGGCACGGGCGGUAGCUCCAAGCUCCCGCCGGGCAUGGGCCCGCCGGGCAUGCCCGCCGUCGGCACUGCGCGCGGCGGGAACGCUGGCGUGGGUGGCCUGCCGUCGCGGGCCGAGGCAGCAGCAGCCGCACAGGCCGAGGCGGUCGAGGCGGCGGCGGCGGCGGCGGCGCUCUCGGCUGCGUCCAAUGCGCCACUCUCGUCGGCGGCGGCGUCGGCGUCGGCAGCCGGCGUCUCAUCGGCGGUGCUGAAGGAGCUCGAGGCGGCUGCGGUUGUCGCCCGAUCCGACGCCAACACCGCCAAGCGCAAGAAGCGCAAGCAGCACUUUGAGGCCAUGCUGGACCGCUCGUACUCGGCGCUGCCCGAGACCGUCGAGCGCCAGGUCUUCCGCCAGCCGGUCAACCCGGGCGUGACGCCGGCGUACUACCCGAAGACCGUCCACCCAGUCUUCUCCUCGCCGGCUACCUUUGAGAAGCUCGAGUCCGACACCCUCUUCUUUGCCUUUUACCACCAGCAGGGCUCCUACCAGCAGUACCUUGCCGCCCGCCAGCUCAAGUCCAAGGCCUGGCGCUUCCACAAGAAGUACAACCUCUGGUUCAAGCGCCACGAGGAGCCGCAGAAAAUCGACCACACCUCGGAGCACGGCACGUACGAGUACUUUGACUACGACUCGGGCUGGUGCUACCGCCGCCGCACCUCGUUCACCUUUAAGUAUCGCUACUUGGAAGACGAGUAGGCCGCCCCGCCUGCUCACGCGCAGUCGUCUCCGCCCUUCGCAGCCUGCACUGGCAGCGUAAACGUUGCGCCUCUGA